UAAUCUUUGUUGUUAAUCACACGUAACAAUGAGGAUUUAUCAGAUCAUUGCAGUAGUAGCUUUUGCAGGGUUGGCUUUCGCCGGUGUAAGUAAACGCCAACAAGCAAGCCAGUGUACAACAGAUACUGAUUGCACAUCUUGCGCCAGCAACCAGGUUGCUGAAUGUCACCAUGGACACUGCACAUGUCACCACGACAGCAGCCAUCACCCACGUGCUCUUUGUCAUAAUGGCCACCAGUGCACAUGUCCUGACGGACAGACAGGUGUAUGUAACUCCAAUGGACACUGUGAUUGUGGACACAACGGGAGAAGACAAGUAGCCUCCUGCACAACCGCUGCUGACUGCACUUGUGCUGAUAACCAGGUUGCUGCUUGUCAUCAUGGACAUUGUUCAUGUCAUCAUGAUGGCGGCCAUCACCCAAAACGCGAGCCAGCUAGCCAGUGUACAACAGAUGCUGACUGCACAUCGUGUUCUGACAACCAAGUUGCUGCUUGUCACCAUGGACACUGCACGUGUCAUCAUGACAGCGGUCAUCACCCACGUGCUCUUUGUCAUAAUGGCCACCAGUGCACAUGUCCUGACGGACAGACAGGUGUAUGUAACUCCAAUGGACACUGUGAUUGUGGACACAACGGGAGAAGACAAGUAGCCUCCUGCACAACCGCUGCUGACUGUACUUGUGCUGAUAACCAGGUUGCUGCCUGUCACCAUGGACACUGUUCAUGUCACCAUGAUGGCGGCCAUCACCCACGUGCUCUUUGUCAUAAUGGUCAUCAGUGCACAUGUCCUGACGGACAGACAGGUGUAUGUAACUCUAAUGGACACUGUGAUUGUGGACACAACGGAAAAAGACAAGUCGCCUCCUGCACAACCGCUGCUGACUGUACUUGUGCUGAUAACCAGGUUGCUGCCUGUCACCAUGGACACUGCUCAUGUCACCAUGAUGGCGGCCAUCAUCCUAGAAGACAAGUCGCCUCCUGCACAACCGCUGCUGACUGUACUUGUGCUGAUAACCAGGUUGCUGCCUGUCACCAUGGACACUGCUCAUGUCACCAUGAUGGCGGCCAUCAUCUAAGACGCCAGACGGUUUCUUGCACUACAAGUGACAACUGUACAUGCACAGGCGACCAUGAAAUAGCCGUUUGUGAUAACGGAAUGUGCCACUGCCACCAUAAUCCUCACCACGAUAACGGACACCACCACCCACCACAUCAUCCGUGAGUCAUGGUUUUACUUAUAU